AUGACUCCUAAAAUUAAAAAAGGAAAACCCUAUUAAAAAGCUUCUCCUAUUAAGAGCAAAGAUAUUAAAAUAAUUGUUAUUGAUAGUUUCAAAAGAGAUAAAAAAAAGUAGGAAGUGAAGAAAAAAGGAACCAAAAAAUAGUUAAGCAAAUUAUAAAAAUUUCAAACACAAAUGAUUCCUCAAAAUAAUGUAGAUUAGAUUAGAUUAUAGCAUAUCUCAUGUAAAAUACUGUGAUUUACUUUAGCUAAAAUUUAGUAGAAUUAUAGAACUCAAAAUCAGUCAUAUUUAUUAAAAAUUAAGAAUUUAUAUGAUUAAUAUAAAUCUUUGAUCUUAAAAUAUACAUUGCUAACUGAACUUGAUGAUUUUACUAAUUGCCAUGAUUUUCUUAGAAAAACUAUCAUAAAUACUUUCAUAAAUUAGAUUAAGCAAAGUUUUGAUUUUCAAAAUAAAAUUUAAUUUCAAGUAAUUUCAAUAGAUCAAUUAAUUUCUAUUUAAUUAAAAAUUAAUGCUUAAACCUAAUAAUUAGAACUUUAUAAUCUAUUGAAACCAGUUUUUAGAACAAAAACUGUAGAUUAGGCUUAUAUUAAAUUAAAAAUAAUGAUGCAAUAAAGAAAUAUAUUGAAAAAAUUAGAAGAGAAAAAUUAAGCCUUUGAAAGUUUGAAGGAAUAAAGUUUAGAAAAGUGUUUUGAUAAUGAAAUUGGAGAUUUGCAUUUUUCAGCAUUAAAUUAUACUGAACUUUUAGAAACUUAAUAAAAACAAGAACUAAUUUAAAAUGCUAAAGCAAAAUAAGAUUAACCUUUAAUUUUAGAUAGUUUUUUUAAAAAUUCUAAUUUGCAAAAUCCUAAAUAAUAAAUAAAUUCAAUUAGAUAAUUUUUACUUAAACCUAUUGCUAAAUAAUAAAUGGAAAUAAGUAAAAUUUCUAUAAAAUCCAGAAAUCAAAGUAAAGAAUCAUGUAAUUCAAGAAAUGAUUAAUAUUUUAUGCCUUUUUAAUCAAAUAUUUAAAAACAAAAAGCUAUGCCAUAUCAAAAUUUAAUUUAAGAAUUUAGAUAAUAAAACAAAUAGAUAUUUUAACCUAAUGUAAAUCAAAAAGUAAGUAGAAUUUAAAGCAUGAAUACUUCUUUUGAAUUACCUUUUGAUUUAGAAUCAUAAACAAGUUGUACUCCAGCAAAUGCUAAAAAAACUAUGUUAGUUUAAAAUAGACCAAAUAAUAAGAUAGGUUUUGAGGGAGGAUGUCGAGAUAUAGAUAAAUAUAGUUACAAUUCUAGGAAAGAAAUUCAAAAUCCAAAUAUAAGUGUAAAUAGGAAUGAUAUUAAUUAAUCUCAAUUAUAUAAUUACUAAAAUAGAAGUGUUGAUUUUAGUCGAUAAUUAGGAUUCAGCAAUUUAUACAAUUCAAAGAUAUUUAAUGGAAAUAAUAAUUAAAUUAAUUUAAAUAAUAAUAAUAAUAAUAAUCUAUAAUUUUCAAAAAUAUAAUCAUUACAUGCUAGCACAAUAGUAAAUGAUUGGUUAUGUGAAUCACCAUAAAAUAGAUUAAUACUUUAAUAAUAAAAUAUGUUUUAAUAAUAUAAUUGGAUAAUAUUCACAAAUGAAAAUAGCAAUAUGAGGUUUAAUAGAUAAAUCAAUAUUUAAAAUUUGAAAUUAUUAAAUGUUUAAAUUGAUUCUAACUUUUUUGAUGAUUACGAGUAUAUAUUAUUGAGUGACAAGUUUAAAAUAUUAAUAAUGGAACAAAAAGAUUUAGUUUGUCCUGAAACUCACAUGAGACUGGGUAAGGGAGAUGAAAAAGGAGCAAUUCAGUCUCUCAUUAAUAAAAUGAAACUAUAAAUGCAAUAAUUUAUGCUAUAAUACAAUAGUAGAUAAGUUAUUGUUUUAAUUUAAUAUUAACAUUAAUUUUUUUUAAGGAUGUUAAUUGAAUACAUAUUUCCAUAAUUAGGAUAAUUGUAAGAAUAAUAUAAAAUUACACCAUUUUAUUAAAUAGAAGAAUUAUAAGAAAUAAUAUUUGAUCUAAUUCAGAAUUAAGAGAACAUAAGAUAUGAUAGAUUGAUAAAAGUACCAAAUGAUCUUAACAAAUUUCGAUCAAAAAUAUAAAAUAUUGAAUUUUCUAAUUUGGUUACAAUGAGAUGCUUGAAUCAAUUAUAUUAGACUUUAGUAUAAUAAUUAACAAAUUGA